AAAGUUAGCAAGAAGAAGAACACCGCAACAAUCAGUCGAAAACGCCUCAAAAACAAUCAAAUAUGUUGUCCCAAUAUAUGGAGGAAUUCGAACAGGAGCCUUUUGAAGUGGGCGAAUUCAUUGAAAGACUGACCUGGCGCACCAACAAUGAGUUGCAAAAUAGCGAAGACUUCAAUCCGGUGGCAUUGCAUGACACAUUCAUACAGACUAUUAAGGAUCUGAAAAUACUACAGGAGAAGCAGCAAAGUAAGUGCGAGCGCUUGGAGGAGUCCCUGCGACAAGAGGAGGAGUCACAUGCAAAGAAAAUCUCGAAGCUGCAAGAGCGACACCAAACGGCCAUCGAUUGGUUCGGUCAGCUGGAUGAAAAGAUUAACUCUGUGGCUGGCAAGAUAAUGCAUCUGGGGGAGCAGCUGGAAAAUGUGAAUACACCUCGCAGUCGAUCCGUCGAGGCACAAAAGUUGCUCAGCUACAUGUCUGAAUUUCUAAUGGCCGGGCCCGUAAUAGUGAAUGAUAUAUUUAGCGAUCCGGUGCGCCUGAAUGAAGCAGCCGAUGUGAUACAGAAGCUAUAUGCAAUUUCACAGGAUCUACCACCUGGUAGUUUUGCUGAGUCGAAGCGUAAAAUCGAGAAGAAAUACGAUGAAGUGGAGCGUAGACUUAUCGAAGAGUUUGCCACGGCACAAAAAAGCGAGGACAUUGAGCGUAUGAAGUCCCUGGCUCAAAUUCUCUCCCAGUUCAAGGGCUACACUCAAUGUGUCGACGCCUACAUCGAGCAAAGCCAAAUGCAGCCGUACAGCGGCAAGGAUAUAUUCAUCGGCAUUGUGCCCAUGUGCAAGCAUCACUAUGAGAUCAUCAAGAAGGUUUUCGCCAAUCCGCAGCAAGUCAUGUCCAAGUUCAUACUGAACAUUUAUCAAUUAAAACUUCAUCAAUAUGCGAUGACCAAGCUGGAUGACAAAAAGGACGAAGAAAAGUACCUGCGUACGCUCUAUGAGCUCUAUUCUCGCACUCUGAAAUUGUCCAGUGAUUUACAAGUCUACAUGUCUACCAUCGAUGACGAUCUGCUGCAAAAGCUCACACAACAAAUCUUCAUGAAGAAUCUUGCCGGCUAUGCCGAAAUUGAGCUGAGAUGCCUGACAGCCAAGUGCUCAACGGAGCUGGAGAAAUUUUAUGCCAGCAAAAAGCACCAGAAGACGCAAACCACGAAAGGUUUUCGUCGCAACAUGGAGGUGCUGAUUGCCACGCGAGCCAACAUAAAUAUAGCUGCCAUUGAGGAUUAUGGCGGCGAGACGUUCCUCUCAGAGGAGCUGGCCAUUAAUAUGCUGCAAGAGGCUAAGGCAUCGCUUAAACGCUGCAGGCUGUUGUCCAGCGAGGCUGAGCUGCCUGGGAAUGCCAUCAAGUUAAAUGACAUCUUGCUACGCUUCCUCAUGCAUGAGCAUGUUGACUAUGCGCUGGAGCUGGGCUUGCAGGCAGUGCCGUUGGCAGAGGGAAAAGUAUUUCCACAAUUGUACUUCUUUGAUGUGGUCCAAAAGACCAAUAUCAUUGUGCAUUUGCUGGACAAACUGUGCAAUUCGUCGGUUAUACCCUGCGUUAGUAACACACCGAAAUACUCAGAUUAUGUAUUCAAAAAACGGAUAUUGAUGGAACAGAUUGAAACUAAGCUGGACCAGGGUCUGGAUCGAUCCAUAAGUGCAGUUAUUGGCUGGGUUAAGGUCUAUCUGCAGUACGAGCAGAAAAAGACAGACUACAAACCCGAAACAGAUGUCGACACCAUCUCGUCGGCCGCUUGCCUCCAAGUGGUGCAGAAUCUGCAGCCGGUUAUUGUACAAAUAAAGAAGUGUGUCGAUGGCGAGAAUCUGCAAAAUGUGCUGACAGAAUUCGGAACGCGCCUGCAUCGCGUCAUCUACGACCAUUUGCAAACGAUGCAAUUCAAUACGGCUGGCGCCAUGUGCGCCAUUUGCGAUGUGAACGAGUAUAGGAAAUGUAUACGUGAGCUGGACAGUCCAUUGGUGACGCAGCUUUUUGAUAUACUUCACGCUCUGUGCAAUUUGCUAUUGGUAAAACCCCAAAACCUUCAAGAGGUGUGCACUGGCGAUACUCUGAAUUAUCUAGACAAGUCGGUGGUGCGUCAAUUCAUCCAACUUCGUACCGACUUUCGUAUCAUCAAGAACACCAAUUAUCUAAAGGGCAUCAUCGAGUAGCACUAUUGCCAGAGGCCAAUCCAUUGCUGACUCACAUUCCCUAAUGUAUCCCUUACAAUUUAUUUUGUUUGUAUUACUUUACAUAAACAUAAACAUACGAUCAAAACAAA